CACACUGUGAGAGAAGGAGACAUGGAAGGAAAGCUGGGAUUGUCACAGAAGUCAAAUUGUGUCGUCCUCUUCAGAGCCGUGUGACGCAGAGUUUAUUAUGGAGGACGUGAAGCCUGAGGGCUGGCGGCAGCUACUUCAGCCCCAUGGUGCAGCUGGCAAAAUCAGCACGAGUCUCCUUCGCAGGUUCUCAUCAUGGAGGAGGCCUGGGGAGCGGGGUUAUUACGAGGGCCCCGCAGCGCAAGUGAAUGAGCCCCCUCGUGGAGCUCAUCCGCUGAGCUGCAUAGAGGGUGGCAGGAUGGACAAAUGGCUUCAGACACUGGAGAGACUCCAAUCACGUCGGCUUCAGAAUCAAAUACCUCAGUUUGCAGACAGGACGGUAUCAAUGCCAGUUCUCCCGAAUGAGACGGCGAGAAGUAAUCCACAAUGUCCUGAUGUUUCCUCUCUGCGCAGGAGGAAUCAGACCCCUAGCAUCUGUCCCAGUGUGUGUGAAAGCUCCUCGAGCAGCCUGGAGUCUGUUCACAUUAAAGCUGCUCCUGCUGCAGAAAGAGCUCAGUUCGGCGCUCUCGCUCCAGUUCGCUUCGGCUGGCUGCCCAUACAAAGACAUGUGAUACUGACGGACAUCUCUGACAACCACCAUGACAACAGUAGGUGCCAGCAGAAACUGAAGUCUCCCAUCACUCCAGUGUUGCUCAGCACUCCUGCCAAACUUAAUGGACCAAGACCAAAUGACAGGGAAACUUCGAGGCCUGAACCUGUAGGCUUUACAUACUGGAGGACACCUGAAAAAACACCAUCCAUCCUCCAUCAGGCUUCGGGAUCUGUGAGCUCCGAGGGAGGACGAAAUGGACCGCAAGCCUGGAAUCCGAAAGCCGAGAUGGACACAUGCCACGCUGGACCUCAUCCCAUGUUGAGAAAUCCCGCAUGCAGGCGUGGAAGCGCGCCGGAGUCCUUCAGCUCCUCAAUAUCGUCCAUCACUAUCACUUCCAGGAAGGUCACGCACACAAACUCCAGGCCUCUGAGUCCAGUGACGAAUAGCCUCGCCGAUGGACGAAGAAAAGCUUUAGUGGUCAAAGUCACUGAACAGAGGACGAAAAGCACGACCUCUGGCUCUGAUCGUGAAGAGAUGGAUCACAGCGUGGUACUGAGAAGAAAGGCAACCAUUGUGAAAAUGACCGAACAGAGAGAGCGUUUCAGUCCAGCGAAAUACAGACACAGCUACACUGAAGGACUCCAUAAUGAAUCUAAAGUCAAUCCCUCAUCAUUAAACCAACCGUUAACUAUAUCUCUAGAGCCAGGAGGAAACCAGUGGAGGUCCCAGCACAGAUCUAGCCUGUCUCUCUACCUCAACAACCCAAACGAUAGCAGCGCAGCAGGGGAGAGCGACACCAAAACAUACAAGCCACCUCGAAGGCCUCUCAGCUGCGACGCAAGCCUGUUUAACCGCACAGAACUUGGCAGUAAUACAGUUACACAUCCAGCGUUUCACAACAAGAGCUCUCCUGUUCCCCAGAAGACAAAUAUUGACCUUGUUAGUUCCAGCAGCAGCGAAGCAGGAAGGCGCUGGGCCUCCGGUGGCGAGGACGGGAGCGCGAGGAAAGAGUGGGAUCGUGAGGAACCUAUUUCAAGAAUCAAACCUCUCACGCUGCUAAAAGCAGCAGGUACCAGCAGAACCCGUGUGGAUGUUCUGCGAGAUAACGCGGCUGAUCUGAGCACAGACGCCAUCCUGGCCCUGAACGCCGCUGCGGUUAUCGGCAACAUAAAGCUGCAGGCCCAGCAGAGACGAACUACAUCCCACACAGCAACAGCAGUGUGUUUAACAGAGGAUAGAGGGCAAAAUGAACACAGAGAGCUCAAAGAAGAGGCUGCUGGUGCUGAUGGAAAGAACAAAACAUGUCCAGCAGUUCAAUGUGUGGAUUUUGUCCCAUUCGAGUCCCAAAAUGACCUUUCUGAAACUGCUUUGGCUCCACUGUCACUUAGCGAGGCUUUAGCGAUCAGACGGCCUGAUUUCAUCCAGCGCUCACAGGCCAGAGUUCGAGCCCUGGAGAGGAGGUCGCAGGAGAGGCAGAACUCCCACAGCUCACCGCAGACACUCGAGAGCGAAGAAAGCCUUAUGAAAUCCAAAGACAGAAGCAUCAUGGGAAAGAGUCUACAGCUGCGGUCCAGGAGGAGUUAUAACCAGCUGCCUGAGGUGAAGAAGAAGAGAGAGGAAGAAAAGAGGAAAACAGGAGAGGAGAAAAGAAAACUGGCAUCUCGGACCAACAGGCUGCGGGCAGAGCUCUUUAAAAAGAAACUUCUGGAACAGAUUUUGCAGAGGGGAGGAAAUCACUGACAUCGCCUUGGACUCGUGUUUCUUCUCACUCCACAGUUCUCAUGCUGGCCCUUGAAAAAUAUGACAUGACAUUAGUUAUAAAUGUUAUGGAAUAGUUCCUUCCAGAACGAAUGUGCCUCAAACAUGGACUGCAGCCUCAUUUCUUCCUACAGAUUCUUGACAGUAUCACAUGGCAAACACAGGGCAUCAGGAGGACAUCUUUUGGCUUCUCAGAGGUGCUACAUUUGCCAUAUAGACAGAUUGUUUGCCCUGUCUGUGCCUCUAUCCCUGUCAUAUUAUAUUAUGUAAGAGACACAACAUAAAAGAGCACAUUACGGCUCCGGUCCUCAUCGCUAAAAGCCUAAAAUCCAACAUUUGAAGACAUUCUUAUAACAUGAAGGACCUGAUCCCGCUCUCAGCCUUGAAGUCGUAGGUUCGGCGGGCUCAUUAUGACAUCAGUAGCCUUCCUCUGUCCGUGUCUCUCCGAGCCAUUAGCCGGGAGCAAAAGGAAUUUGACCUCGUCUGAAUAGGAAUGCAUCACUAAUGGAGCCGAGUGCUUGCGCGGGGUGAAAGAGGCUUUUGUCCUGUCUCCGAAUGAGCCAAGACUGUCCCACAUGUGCCUGCUUAGACGGGACAUGACUGUGCAAUAGUCGAGUUAUAAACUGAAACCUUGCAGUAAGACUUGAUUCGAUAGACUUAUUAUUAUGUCCUGUUAUUGUGUUUGGUAUUUUAACUAUUACUUUUUAAAAUCAAAAGACUGGGCCAGAAGAUGUGGAGUAAUGUAGCUUUCUUUGUGUGUAUACGAUAAGAUGAUGCAUUUUAGGCCAGACAUUACACAAGUACAGAAAUGUAUGUGCAAAUGCUCAACCAAGGACAAAUUAUCCCUGUAAGUCCCUAAGGAAAGUCAUUUCACUCUUUGUAACACUAUUUCAGUCAUGCAAGUAACAGCUUUUAUUUCUUUGAAUGGGGAAACAUCAAAUUCGUUGAAGCAAUGCAGCAAACUUAC